AUGUCGGACGGCGUCAAGCACAUCAACUCGGCCCAGGAGUUUGCGACUCUCCUCAGCACGACCCAGUACGUCAUCGCUGACUUCUACGCCGACUGGUGCGGGCCUUGCAAGGCCAUUGCGCCCAUGUAUGCCCAGUUCGCGAAGACGUUCUCCAUCCCCAACUUCCUCGCCUUUGCCAAGGUCAACGUCGAUAGCGUCCAGCAGGUCGCCCAGCACUACCGUGUCUCCGCCAUGCCCACCUUCCUCUUCUUCAAGAACGGCAAGCAGGUUGCCGUCAACGGUUCCGUCAUGAUCCAGGGCGCCGAUGUCAACAGCUUGAGGGCCGCUGCCGAGAAGAUGGGCCGUCUGGCAAAGGAGAAAGCUGCUGCCGCUGGCUCGUCGUGA